AAGCCCGUUCCACCGAAUCAGUUCACGUUGUACUACUUUCCAAGCAGCACACACAACCAGUUGACGCUGGGGCACACUCGCAUACACACAUUUUUUUUUCUUCCUGUCACUCAAACACUGGAGGAAAAGGGCACCAAUUAUACUUCACUGCUGCCUGAGCAGUCACACACAACCUUCUUUUCCUCCUAUUGUUCUUCACACACGCACACACCGUGCAGCAAGCAUCGUUUGUGUAAAAGUCAAAAAAUCAAUUUCGGGCGCAAGGAUUGAAAAAUCGACUUAGACAAAGAUGUAAAGUAUGCAGUUGCUAAUAAGUGCUAGAACUGGCUUGCACAGCGUGCGCUACCUAACACAACUAUCACCAACACUGCCGUCAGUGAAGUGAAACGUUCCGGUUCCCUUUGCUACGGUGGAGCCUCGCACCAUCAGCCACCGUCUAGGAUUGCAUGCGUUGUUAAAUGAGUCUCCCGUCACGCAAUGCCCAGCCUGGUGUAACUCAUCAAAGAUGAUAGUGAGUUUCUUCCCCGACAGUGUCUGGGGAUGUACAGUGAAGCAGCAUCAAAAGCAGAAACACCUCCUGUACCAUAAGAUCAUCUACACCCUCAUUAGCGAUAAGUACAAAAACCGAAUCCUGCGCAAGUCGUCCUUUGCGCUGCUCUAUCUGUCGUACGUGUUUAUCAAGAUGCUUCCGGUGACGCUCGCGAUCGAAACGCAUACUGGCACCAAAUCGAUCACCUCGCUUGCAGCAAAGACGCGCCCGCUGCCAGAAAUGGUUGCACCACCACUCGACGAUGAGGACGACGAUUACUUCGACGACUACGUUGAUGAGUACGACAUAGUAAACAAUAAAUCGGCGAAGGGAAUGUACGUCGGGGCACCGUGCGAGUUUACGUGCCACGCCAAGCUACAUCACGUGUACUGUGAUCCUACGACUAACACCUGCAGCUGCGAGAAAGAUUACGUCGUGCUGAUUGGAAUACUGAAAGGAUGUGCCAAGCCCAAAAAACUUGGGGAACAAUGCUUCUACCAUCAGACUUGCAUCUACAAUGACGAGCACGCGAUGUGCGUGCAGAUCGUCCACAAUGCCAUCUGUCAAUGUGCGCCCGGUUUCCACUCCGUUAGCUAUUCGAAGCCAACGAAACGUGUCUUCUGCACACAAGACAUGGCCACCAUAACUGCGGAUCUUCCGACGCUGUUCGGUGUCACGAGCGGCAUUGCCGUGCUGGCGGGGCUCAUUUGCAUGGUGCUGCAUUUAUUUAGCAAAACAAAAUAUCCUCGACCUAGGCAUUUCGGUGAUGCGAACCUCGCACCGCCCAUACUCUUUUCCAGUGAUACAGGGAUACCAUUGACAAUACAGUCGGCAAGACCGUCAUCUCGUUCCAGUCAGCGCUCGAGCGGUUCCAUCGGUUCCUAUGGCAAUCGGCGAUCGUCCAGUGCGCCGCUGCACGGCUCCAAAGGGGUCCUGGUGUCGACCUCCCGUACAGGUGCGGCCCGUUCUGCCGCCAUAUUGCUUGUAUCAUGUCACAUAUCUGCAAUUAGAAAUAGUAAAUCCACUAGUACCGAUUCCCAGCACCCCAGCAGCUAUCUGAGCGACGACAAUAUGACCAAAUAUCUCGAGCGCCAGCUGGAGCACCAGAAGCAGCUGCUCUACCUGGACAUACCGUCGCUCAGAACGCACAAUAAGUUGUUUUCCAAGUUUUGCAAAGCCACCGCGCUGAUCGGCAGCAACCACACCAAAGUGAAUGUCGGCAGGGACAACGGCCCCGGCACCGGGAACGCGGCCGGCAGCAGCAGUGCCGGCGGCAGCAAUGGUCAGUACCACGGACCAUACCAUUACGGUACCUCCACGAACGACGACUCGAGCUUCGACGGCGAGGACGGACACGGUUCCCGAAGACCCAGUCUAGCUUCCGUGCAUAGCACCAGUUCGUCCGUGCGGAGCUACAGCAUGCGUCGGUUUGAGCAGGAGAUUCAGCAGAAGGAGUUGCGGCAGGAGAUGAAGCGGCACCUGGCACGGCUCCAGGAGCAGCAGCAGUUACAGAAGAUCAAACCCAACAUCAUCAUCGGUGAUGUGAUAUCGUGCCCUAUGAACAAACCGAUACUGACGACCCCCAGCCCGAUGACUCCGAACUCGGUCGACGACAUACUACCGUCGGUGGACGAGACGCAGGAGUUCUCGCCCAACCUUAGCCAACGAUCGGUGAGCGAUAGUACGGGCGGAUGUUUUGACGGACCGUGCAGCUCUACGGAAUUGUUGAAAUAGUGGAUGCACUUUAGGCAAGGUGAUUGUAGGCAAAUGUUAUAUAGCAGCCCAUUUUAUGGAAAUUUUUAGACGGAUAAGUAAAACAAGUAAACAAACAAGAAACCCCCGAACAAGCAACCGAAACCUAGACGAACCGAGCGUGGCGCAAAGGGUGGCAAACGUGAGCACUACAUGAUGGUCACGGAACUUUAUCUGCCCUCGCCUGCCGAAUGGAUAACUUCCCCGAGCCGCUGAGAACAUGCUGGAACGCGCGCUUGGGGACGUAGUCGGCGAACCAAAACGGAUCAAGUAAACGAAGCUGUAACUAAAUCAAAACGUUCAUCGUGACGUUGGCUGUAUCGGUGCACGUGUCACACCGCAAAUCGGUUGAAAUUGUGUGAUCUUUUCCUUGCAUUCUAAUCUGUUGUGAGCUAUUACCGCAAAGCAAUAAUAAGAUACAGAGAGACGGUACACGGUCCUCAUUAUGCGCGCUUGCGACAGUACUAGUUUCUUUCAGUAACCAAUAAUCAUCAACACCAAAACGCAUCGUUAACCUUAUAUUUUCUCACUUUUGUUAGGGUACAAAUGAUCGGAAAAUUAUCCAAUUUGUUAUUAUUAUGUGACAUUUAUUGCUAAUUUACACUAGCGGUAGUUAAGUUUAAAUCGAAAUCACAUUUUACACACCUAAUCACAGCAGUUCCCUGCGAGCAAAGGAAUACGGCCUCAGCAAACGUGUGCUUCGGUGUGCGACAGCACCAUUGGCGCAUCAUUCUUAUGACUACCUUCAACACGAGCAUAGCAGCAAAAUGCGCUAGUUUCGGCGAGUCGCUAUAUUAUGGGCAAGCCAUAGUUUGUAAUACCAACCUAUAUCCCAAAACGCCCCAAUAAGACACACAAGACACGCACACAGAUUACAGAACACUAUUACGAUAAAUGCCCUUACUAAUGUUGCAACAGUUAUUGCCAGUAGCCUUUGACCAGUCAGACGCGCGCGCGAGUUGUGCGGUAAUGUUUUUUAAAUUCAUCUAUUCAAACCAGUUUCAAACCAUUUUUGUAAACAACCGUAUUUCGAUUUGCAUACGAUUUCAGCUAAAUCUAUAGUAAGACAAAACUACUUAAAAGCAAAGCAAUUUGAUUCCAACUUUUCAAUAGUAUUUUUACGUAGACAACAAAAAAACGCAUAAGGUAAACAACCCAGUCAGUAGCAGCAGCAGCAGCAGUAGCAGCAAAUUGCAGCUGAAUCAAAAAAUCAGAAACUAUGUUGGGUGUGCAACCUAUAUACGAAUGAUACGUCGCUAUUGCACACCGGUACGGUGAGCCGAAACCGACACGCGGCAGAUAUAAACCCAAAGCAGACAGCAGAAACCCAGUAAAAUUAGCACGUUCAUGUUGACUUAAAUGUUAUAUUAAUGUUAAGACAAGUAAUAAACAUCAACGGGAUUAUUCGUGCUCAGCCUUAGGCAUAACAUAUAAACUGAUAAGGAUUCUCAGGAUCAGGAUUUGUUUGGUUCUGGGAGAAAACUGAAGAAAGACGAGCUAUAACAUCGGACAGGCGGUCGGGGGAGUCUACGGAACUGUUUCUGCUGGACUUCGGCUCGAGCACUGUUCGAGUAAUGGGGCGGAAAGGGAAGAGGAUAAGCGUGACGAUACAGUGAGGUGGAUGAAUUGAUUAAGAAAUAAUUCUAAAAUACAAAACCAUUACUUUAUACAAGUAGCGUGUAGCGUGUAAGGCGAACUGUUCUGUUGACGUGGAAUGUGAUGAUGAUGAUGAUGAUAAAGGAUGUAGACAAACAAAAAUGCAUUGUACUCUAGCUCUUAACUUUCCCAUGUGCGGCAAAUGCUAUCCAAGCGAUUCGUGUAUCCAAGCUGUCGUGUUUUAGUGCCCUGUUGGUGAAAGAUGCAGGUUUUUCGUAUUUUAUAUUCGAUGUUUUUUUUUAUGUUUAAUUCAUCCUAUGAACGAUUUGACUACAGUACUAUUUGAUUUGUACUGUAAGGUAUUACGUUUCAAUUGUGAUCGAAAGAGAAUGUCUCUUGGCUGCCGUUUAAUCAGUUGAAUCAGAGAACUUUGACGAACAAAUAAAAUUAUAAAUUCUUUGUUUUGUGGAAUACGCAUAGUCAUUAGACUAAUUAUUAUUGCAUUUUCAGAAUUAGUCCUUAUCACUGGAGGACGUUCCGGAUCGUAAAAAGUAUAAAAGUCUUGUCUUGCAAAAGUGUUUGCUUGCUCCAGAUUAACAAAGAGUUGAAAUAUUCAAAUCGAUAAAGUCAACAUUUUAAGAUGUAAUUUUGAAAUGAGAAAAUGAAAUUGAUUUAUUGAUUUUAAGCUUACUUUUUUAUGUUAAACUUGAAUAAUGAAUUGUGUUUGCAUAAUUCGCAAACGCAAUCGACAGCAACCGAUUUCUAGAGGACAAUCAGCAAGAGUUCUUUCCUUUCUUAGACAUUUAUUGCUAUAUGGUUAUAGCUUUUCGAAAUGUGUUGCAUCUGAUAGUGAAUCAAUCAGCUUAAUAUUUCAUUUAUUGUGAUUUUUCUCAUCGCAACAAAUAUUGAUUAUACAUGAUAGUUGGGUUUUUAUUUUAAAUUCCAUCAAUUAAUUCUUUUGUUGAAAAUGAGGCCUGACGUGCAUUCUUCUUCGAUCAUAUUUUCAACGUAAUAACUUAUGUAUAUCACAUCUCUCUCAAUACGUCAUCAGACUAACGCAGUUCUAACAAUUUUCGAUAAAUACUCUAAUAAAUUAACUGUCGGACUAGUAUGUUUUAUUGUAAUUAAGUCAAUAUCAAAGGGACGAAUUUAAACUAAACAAGUUUAAUUGGGAUUUGUAUUUUUUACAUACAUACACAUUGUGAAGUUUUGUAAAAAAAAUUUAAUUUUGGUUCGUUACUGUAAGCAUUUAAAGAACUUCGAUACGAUAGAGAUAAAAAUCCACAAAUUGAUACAAAAAGAUGUCAAAAUAGACAUGCUUGAGAUAGCAGAAGUUUUGAAGAAAGAAAUAAUUCAUGUACAAAUUGGAGUUUCUUUACAAAAAUAUGAUUGUGAUAAUUAUGAUACAAUGUCAAUGAAUGUUGAACUAAAUAUUUUAUAAUUUCAUCUAAUUUAGCAAAGUACCAUGUGUCUUUAUUUGCAAGGUAUUAGUAGCUGCCUUUUCUGAUGAAUGUCAUAAUAAUUUAUCAUAUUGUUGUAUGGUUCAUUGCGAAUGAGAGUCCCAGCCAAAAACUACAACGCUUUGAGUUCAACAAAUGUUAGAACUGUGUUAGACCGGUUACAUAUGGAGUGAAGAUUAGUCGUUUACGUUCGAUUUUAUUCCUACUUAUUGAUUGCAGGCCAAGACCGCAAAGCGGUUGUAGCGCCGGAUAAACUAAUUGAUUGACCAGUAAAGCUAACACAAAAUGUUUUGCAGAAUUGUUCGGAAUUGAUUACAGCAUCUUACACUCUAGCAGUACGCUUCUCGGUGAGCCUCAUUACAAUUAGCCUCACCUAAACUGCUUUCCACAUUACUAGUUGUGAACAUAACAAAAUCGCCAUGGAUACCAUUUUGCUUUCUUUCCAACCAACUCUUCCGUAUGUACAAAAAUGUUAAAUGUUUUUUCGGGGGAGCGGGCGUACACAUUACAUACCUUAAAUCUUCCCUCUCUUCGUUCUCUCCCGUGCUUGUGGAGUGUGUGUAUGUUGGAGUAUAUUUUAAAUUAGGACAGAUUAAAUUAAACCAGCAAGUUAAUAAAUGAAAAAAAAACAAGAAUAUUUUCGGGGAGGGUGGACAAAAAAUUCGAACCAAUUAAAUAGCAAGAGAAGGUUUAAAGAUACAAAAGUUUAAUCCACUUAAAGUCAAACUUUGAUUACCAUUCAUGUUUUCUCUCGGUUCUUCAACCUAUUUAUAUGGCGUUGAGAAACAGAAGUAAAGUGUAUGGAAACCGAGAAGAAGCAGCUAGAGAAGAAAACAGAAUGAACAAACCCCUUUCUAUACACGUCAAAUGCAUUGAUAUUAUAACUUUAAUAUUGAAAAUAGACUGAUAUAUCUAUAGACGAGUCAAGGAUACAUCACCGUACACCAGAAGCGCAGACCAGCAAACUUAAACGUGCAGAAAUGAGUGAAUGAACAAAUAGAAAAAACAAAAAAAAAACUCCCAAAAAACGACCACUCCAGCAAGAUCUUUGAGCAGGAAUGGAAACAAAGUACUAAUCAAACAACCUCCCAGGCUUCUGGUAGAAGCAAGUUAAAAGAGUUGUCAGCAGGAAACAAACUUUGUGUCGUGCUUGAUCGCGCAGCAUCGAUAAACCAUAUUGCGCUUCUUUUCGUUUAGGCGAAGCUAUCGCAAACUCGUCGUUGUAAGCUGUGUUGUUUGCGCACUCGCUGCGCAACGAUACAACAUGGUUGCCAUGGCUAUGGAACAACAUUCUCGGAUGGACAGCUUCUUGGUGAGCAAAGGGAAAGUGAACCUCAUAGUCCCCAGGGAAGUUAGUUAUGCUUUGCCGCAUCCACAACCGGUGCGGAUCCGUGCGGACGGUAUGUGGUGUGCGCAGUCCGGUGCUUUCUAAUCGCUUGCGCAAAGCUCGUUUAAAAAAGCUUCUGUGUGCCCACGUGUCUUGCAGAUGCAUGUGAAAGCAUUGCUUUGGUAUUGUUUUAGGGUACUCACUUGUUUAAAUCGAUUCAUAAUGGAACACAGACACCCACGGUCACAUGCCGAUCUACACAAUAGCCCUGGAAUCUGAUAGGUAUGAAAAUCUGAGCGCGCCUGACUCGAAAAAAAAAUAGAACAAAAAAAAAACAAGUUCACUGAGCAAAUUGGAAAUAAUGCAAACAAACCCUCGUAACAUGUACUAAACCCCUCACCAACAGGAAAACACAGCGAAAACCAGUGAUUGAACCAGUAAUUGUUUUAGGCCUGUACGACAAGGAAUGAAUAAAAUGAUUUUUGUUUAACAGUUUUCA